AUGUACAAAGACAUUACGGGUUCCUUCAAAUAUUCAUACUAUACACUUCUUCUUCAUCAUCAUCAUCUUCAUCAUCAUCAUCUUCUUCAUCAUUUUUAUUUUCUUCUUCUUCAUUUUCUUCUUCAUCUUUUUUCUUCAUCAUCUUCAUUUUCUUUCUCUGCUUCUUCUUCUUCUUCAUCUUCUUCUUCAUCAUUUUCAUCAUCUUCUUCUUCAUUAUCUCCUUCAUCAUUUUCUUCUUCAUCAUCUUCUACAUUUUCAUCUUCUUCAUCUUCAUUUCAUUUCAUCUUCUUCAUCUUCUUCAUUAUUUUUAUCUUCUUCAUUUUCGUCUUCUUCUUCAUCUUCUUCAUCUUCAUCUUCUUCUUCAUGUUCUUCAUUUUCUUCUUCAUCUUCAUCGUCUUUUUCAUCUUCUUCUUCUUCAUCAUCAUCAUCUUCAUCAUUUUUAUAUUCUUCAUUAUAGAACUAACAAUAUACUAUACACUUCUUCUUAAUCAUCAUCAUCAUCUUAUUCUUAAUCUUCUUCUUCUUCAUUUUCUUCUUCUCCUUCAUCUUCAUCUUCUUCAUCUUCUUAUUCAUACUCUUCAUUUUCUUCUUCAUCUGCUUCUGCAUAUUCUUCUUCGUCCUCACCAUCUUCUUCAUCUUCGUCUUUUUAUUCAUUUUCUUCUUCACCGUCUUCUUCAUCUUCUUCUUCAUCUUCUAUUUCUUCUUCUACACCUUCAUCUUCUUCUUCUUUUACAUCUUCAUCUUCUUCUCUAUCUUCUUCACUUUCAUCGUCUUUACUUUCAUCUUCUUCAUCGCCUUCGUCUACUUCAUCAUCUUCUUCUUCUUCUUUAUCUUAUACUUCAUCAUCUUGUUCUUCAUCACCUCGUUAUUCAUCUUCUUCUUCUAUGA